UAAGUUUUACCUUCAAGAAUACCAUCAGUUGGUAAGGAGAACGCUCGUUGAACAUACCAUACCAGAUAAUAUCGUGCGAGAGUGUCUAUAUGUGAGAGUGUGUGUCGAAGAAAAGAAAUUUUCUGUUGUGUCGUUUCGCCGAUAAAUAUCGCACUAAAAAAAACACCGACUUGUCUAGAGUGGCAGCUGAAUAAGUCGACGGAUAGUCUACAGUGCCUUGAACGCAACGGGGCUCAUUAAGAAAUUAAAAUAUCUUGGUAAAACAGUGACUAAAUGUAAUAAAACUAAUCCCGUGUGGGCGUCAAUUUCCUAAUUUUCGUAGCCGACCCGAGUGCUGUUAAAUUGCCAUCAAAAGAAUUUCAGUGUUUCUGGAGAUCUAUCGGACUCAAAUCUGUCUAAUAUGGUGUCGCUUUUGCUUGCAGUGCCUUAGUGUCUGUGCAUUUCAAUUCAUUUCUCAAUAGCAGUGAUUUUCAACCAUUCGCAGCUUAAUUUAAUAUAGGAAACGCGGUUUGUAGUCAAUCAAGGAUUUCGCGUCGACAUGUAGUCUGCCGCGAUCUAGGUGUGUGUCUUUAACGAGGAGGUGUUAGCUACAAGCUGUAUUCUGGCCUGGAUUUUUCCUUGCAGAGUGUCCGAUAAUGAAUUUCAGCAACAGCUGUUGGCUGCUGGUCUUGGUGACCAUUCUAGAGUGUUGCUGCUCAGCGACAGCUAUUCCCGAUAGUUACCCCCAACACAUCAUCGAACAAGUCGAAUCAUCGCUUCUGUCGCUCUUUGGACAUAGACGACGACCCCAGAAGGUUGACAGAAAUAAACUGGAAAUUCCCGAAGAGAUGAUCAGACUGUACGAGAGGCAAAACGGAAUGAAGUUUGCCACAUCUAACUUACCGAAACGAGCGCCUUACUUGACCAGCGCAAAUACUGUGAGGAGUUUUGUCCAUAUCGAAAGUCCCAUUGACCGACGAUUUCAAACUCCAUCUAAAAUGCGCCUAAAGUUCGAGCCAACAAUGCCAGAAAAUGAAGACUUGCAACAUGCUGAACUGGCUUUACACAGGAUAGCGCUGCCAACAAACUCAAUGAAAGACUCCUAUAUCAGAAUAGUUGUCGAAGACAUAUUGAAGCCCGGCAUCAAGGGCAAACAUGGGCCCUUAAAGAGAGUAAUCGAAAGCAAGCUGGUGAAUAUCACCAAAGACUCACUGUUGAAACUAGAUCUUACGGAGCCAGUGCAAAGGUGGAUCAAAACCCCGAAAGAAAACUAUGGAGUAAUAGUGACGAUUCUGGGUAAAACUGAACAUGUCCGAAUGAAACGAGACUUAAAUGAAGACGAUCGAGCAUGGACGAGAUAUCAACCGGUGCUGUUCACGUACAGCGACGAUAGGAAGAACGGGGAAUCAGAUAUCAAGGGAGUAGCUAGCAUGAUAACGCGGAGCAAACGAGCUGCUAGACGCGCAAGCCGAAGAAAAGACGACCAUACCGAUUGCAUGAGACACAAAAUGUACGUGAAUUUCCAGGAUGUGGGAUGGAGCGAUUGGAUUGUAGCCCCGCCUGGAUAUGAGGCAUAUUAUUGUCAUGGGGAGUGCAGAUUUCCGCUGGCUGAUCAUUUGAACACAACGAAUCACGCCAUCGUUCAGACAUUGAUGAACUCAAUGUCCCCCAUGUCGGUGCCAAAAGCUUGUUGCGUACCCACGCAACUCAAUUCAAUAUCAAUGUUGUAUUUGGAUGUAGAUAACAAAGUCGUACUGAAAAACUACAAGGAAAUGGUUGUGAUCGGAUGUGGGUGUCGGUAGUAACUUUUUGAGUAAAGGCCAGCGAUGUAACAGCUGAUUUUACUUUAUUUUUGAACCCAUCCUUAAGCAAAAAAAAGCAACUGUUGCAUCCUGAAAUAAAAACAAGCGUCUGUGAUCCAAUCUGUUGGACUCGGGUACGGAGAAUUGUAGUGUGCGGAGUUCCAGUGAUUCCCGAAAGUUUGUCCAAUUAUUGUCAGGACUUGGCACCUUGAUUUAUUUUAGACUUAUAUUUCUCGUCUGUGAUUGUAAUUUUUAUUAUAUUUGUUGUAUGUCUGUGUGUUGUUAGUCUCAUAUCUUAUGUUAUAUUGAAACUGUGGAAAGUUGGUUUUUUUGUUGCAACUGAUAACAGAAAGCUGCUCUACCAAGUUACCCCCCGUCACUCUGUACAUAUUCAUUGCUUAUUGACAGUAUAUAUGAGUUUUCACUCAGGCUCUCUUAAAACAAAAAAUAUAUUGUUUUAACUGGAUGUGCCUUUAGCACAGGUGUUUUAUACAUACAACGAUUGUCUCAACUAUUUUUAAAAUAAUAUAAAACUUUAAUGUGUGGUUUUUAGAUGCAGAAAUUUUUUUGUAAUAUCGGGAAACCACGACACGCAAUUUAAAAAAAAUAUAUUAUAUUUAACCACUCCAUAUGCAUUUUUCCGUAGGAUCUCCACAUACCAGCCAAAAUCUUAAUUAUAAAUCUAACGAUCCAUUAUAUUAGAGCGCAGGAUACUAAUAUGAAAGAGCACCGAUAUUUCAGAGCGUUUUAAACCUGUACAUUUUUAUACAUGCCACGAAACACUUGAACAUUAUAUACCUCAAACGUCUCAAACUCGAAGGGGAAUUCUGUAACGUUGUUAUCAAUGGUAACCAAGUAAAAAGUAGCUAGCGGAUGUGACAAAACUCUUUGAAUAAAACAAAACUAAACAUAAUUCCUUUACCUUAAAAAUAAAAACAAACAGUUUAAAAUUUUGAAUAAAACAUUGAAAUUCUUAAGAGAGGCUGUGCGAUCACUUGCUCGUGUUAACCAACGAUGGCUGUAUGCAGUCACGUGAGUGUAACUGUACACAUUCGUGAUCAGCGUGAACUAUCACUAAAUAUUUUAUGAAACAAUAACUAUUUGUUGUUUUAGAUCUAAUGCCUUGUACGGUUUUGUAUCGAAGCUGGUCAAGUAGUGCGAUUUAAUGAGUUGAGACAUAAAUUGAUUUUUCUAGUCGAAAGAAAAUGGUGCGUCAGAACAAGGCUUUAGAUUUGGAAACUAAAGGAGAUGUAAUAUAUAAGUACCUGCAAGGAUAUAUUGGAAGUAUUUAUUUUAAAUAGAGACUAUUGAGAUUUGUGCAUAUUGUACAUACAACUUUAAUGUAAAUUAUUAAUUUUUAGCUUUUUUGUAAAGUGUGUAAGCUGUACAAAAUGUACAUAAUAUUAAAGCAUUCUAUUCAUA